ACAUGCGGAAGACAACGCGAGCGUGCGGCGCAGCGCCGCCUCCGCCUGGCCUCUGGAACUCGUCUGGGACGUGAACUCUCCGAGACGGUAGACACGUUGUUGAGAUGCUGGAAUAUAUCACGGCAUCCUCUGUAUAUGCUGCUGCAUGUCACAGAACAGUCCUCCGCACUGAACCUUAUUUUUCUCUCCAUGCUGCGAAACGAAGUCCCUCACGCAGCCCCACACACACAACCCUUGGGAGCCCACGAGGAGAAAGGUGUCGCAUUGGUUCGUCGCAUGUAUCACACCAUUGAGACAAAGGCGGAGGAGGACGAGGAGGGUGGCAGCACCUGUCUUUGUUCGCCAGCCACUGUGCUCUGGUGUCUCUGCAGCUGCACGCAAUCCCGCCUUCGGCCAUUCAGAAGCGUGCGAAGUGGGCGCACGCAUACAUUUUGGCUGCAUGCAGGCGGACCUGGGAGACGUUUCCUUACGCAUGCUGCAGAAGAGCUGCCUCUUCCCUUUUUCCUUUUUCCAGAUUCCAUGCAGCAAACCUCCCAAGGCAGUCGUGCGAGCGCCAUGUGUCACCGAAAUGUGCAACACCUACACACACAAGCGUCAACCCGGCUUCGAGAGCUGCACCGCCGUUUUGAUGAACCUAUUACAAAAGUCCGUUCUCGUGCAACCCGCGGUGGCGACAGCAUGUCAACACAGCAAGGUGGAAGUCGUGGAAGGGCACCACUGACGAAUACUCGCUCCUGUCCCACCCCCUCAAAGUACAGCCUGUGCGACGCCCGGCUGCAGCAGCGCCUGCUGUGAGAGGGACGGAGGUUUUCUUUUCUCCUUCACUCUUCCCCUGCUACAACAACGUGCGCUCCACGUUGCACCCUGGCCUCCGGUCUCCGAUCGCCGUCCAAAGUACGCGAGUUGUACUGAUGCCGUCAUGCUUCUACUAGU